CGUUUCCUGGCCGUGGUAAGGAACGGGAUGGUCCCGCCGUAGAGUAGUUUAUUGGUGCUCUAUGUGUGCAGUGUGCGGUAAUCGGAUCAUCAUCAAGUCGCCGCGACCUUCACACGGAGAAAGAGAACACGAGAGAAAAGGAAAGAGAAAGAGAGUAGAAAAAACGUAGAACCCGUGUGCGUGUGUGUGUGUGUGUGUGCGUAUUCUUGUGAGGAAGAAAACACUGUUGGACAGCUGCUGGAGCUGUCUUCUCGCCCAGCUUUAGUCAUUUUACACGAAAACAGUGUGAACUCUGGCCUGCAUCUCAUCCAUCUGUAUCUGUCCUGGGACAUAGUGACUACGAUCGAUCGAUUGCUGCGAAAUUGACCCGGUGACGAUAGUCCGAAAACAUUAUCCAACGUUGAAAGGAGCAGUCCUUUUCAACGUCGACCAGCUCUUCUGCAUCCACCCAGUGGUAGCAGCUCUCCGGAGUCUGUCCGGUUCCCCUGCGGUGGGGGCCUUUUUUCUCAAGUGAAACAGUAAACCGGGCGGUGGCUGUGUGCUCCACACAGUCUCCAUCCGUACAGUGAACGGCGUCACACUGGGAACCCGAGUACGGCUCUGUCGGCAAACGAUGGCGGAAGUUGGCACAAGCUCCAGCGGCGAUGGAGAACCGGCCGCAACGGACAAACCCAAGGGUGGCGGAACGGUAAAGUUCACCGAGGCGGACCUGGCCGCUAUCAAACUGACGAGCGAUACGUUGAAGCGUAACCCAAAGAUGGAUUUCAGCAAAGCGGAUCUGCUGAAGCUGCUCAGCUAUCUCGAGGGUGAACUGCAGGCUCGCGAUGUGGUAAUUGCGGUGCUCAAGACGGAAAAGAUUAAACAGCUGCUAACCACACCCCGGUACAGCAAAGCGACCAACCUAAACGAUCCGCACGCGGCCCUAUUCCGCGACCAGCUUGCCGCCAGCGGUAACAUUGCAAGCCGCCAGUCCUCCAUACAGGCGGCCCACUCCGAGCACGAAAUGCGCCUGAUGAACGAUCAGCGUAGCGGGGUACGCGAGCAGAUGGAUUCACUGGCCGCGCUAGUGAUGCAGCAGCGUCAGGCGCAGGCCAAAAUGAUCGAAGCGCUGAAAGAUGCGGAAGAGCGUCACAAACGGGUCGUGCAGGAGCUGUACGAUGAGCGCCGCAAGCACGAACAUACGACCGCCCAGGGCGAUGACAUUACGUACGGGUUGGAGAUUGAGCGUUCCCGGCUAAAGCAAGAACUAGACCACGAGAAGGAACAACACAAAGUGCUGGAGAUAGAGCUGAAAAAGGUACAGGAACAGUUCGAGGCGGAAAAGAAUCGCCAGAAGCAGAUCGUACUGCUGCUGCUAGCGGAGCGCAAGAAAAUCAUUAUUAAAUACAUCGAGGAGCGCAAGCGGAGUGAAGAUUUGGCCCAGAUACUGUCGGAGGAAAAGCAGCGCGUCGACACGAUUGCCGAAGGUUUGGAGGAGGAAAGCAAAAAGUCACUCCGAAUGGAAGCGGAGUUGGAGAAGCAGGCGCAACAGUUUGAAAUAGAACGGAAAAUGUUACACCAGAGUCUAGCGAAGGAGGAAAAACGGGUAAAGGAUCAGGAAGUUGAAAUACAGCAGCUGAAGGCGGAAAUUGAACUGCUUCGCAAGCAAACCGGUAUACGACAUCCGCUAGUAGCACCGCAGCUACCGACAAAACCGGGUGGUCUCGUACCCUCACGACCAUCGAUCGGUGGAACGCCAGGCGGUGGGAUUUCUUCUGCCACUGGUAUAGCUAGUCCAUCAUCAAUUGGAGCAACUGUCACUUCCGGAUCCAUAGGUAUACCGGGACAAAUGAUAAGUAGCAUGGCAACGAAAGUUGUACAACCGACCGCAACCGUAUCGAGCGUUCCCGUUUCAGCACCAACGACCGGAAUUGCGCGAUCAGUUUCACCGGGUCAACUCAUCAGACAGACGGCCAUUUCGCAACUUUCGGUCACUUCGCCUCCGAUUGUCGGUGCCGGUACAGGAGCUGGUGGGAUUGGAUCAACGGCUACCCUUUCCGCAGGUCCAACCUCAGACACAUACGCAAACACACCGACGGGGAAGAUGGCGAGCACGGGCGUACGUAAGGCGGCCGGCAUUGCAGCGGCAACGGUAAUCAGCGGUGGUGGAACGCCCGGUGCGGGCGGUGCAUCACCGGGUGCGACCGGUUCGACGGCAACAAUCAAGAAGACAAUACUGCUGCCGGUCGGUGGGCGCGGUGUCCCGCCUCCGAUACCGCCCAACAAGCCCCAGAUACCACCGAAACUGUCCGGCGUGUCGGCUGUGGCUGCCGUUGCAGCCGGUGCCGUAUCGUCCCGCAUUCCUUUUCUCAGUAACAGCAGCAGCAGCAGCAGCAGUGGAAGUAGUACCGGAUCGAUCAACAGCACCGGUGGAGGAAAUGGAAGCAUCACGACGACCCCUGUUAGUCCCGUGGGGAGUAGUAUCAGCAGCAAUGCACUCAGUAGCACGGCCAUCGCUAGCAACAGUCCGUCUGGCAACAGUAGUAGUAACAGUGUAGCAAACAGUGGCAACAUUAACAGCAAUAGUGUGCUACAAUCAUGCCCACCAAAUACCACCAACAGCACCAUCACCACCACCACCACCACCAUGAACAUAAACACUACCCCACUGAGCAGCACCAAUAAUGCCGCCAAUGCGCCAAACGCCUUACAGCAGCAACAUCAUUCUCAUCCCGUACCGCCGCUCUACACGCACCAUCCGCAUCAUGUAUCACAUCUCUCGCAUGUUGCCAGUGCCGGUGGGUCCCCAACAGCAGCAACAGCAGCAGCAGCAGCCGUCGCGUCCGCAGCCUCCGCCACAGCCAGCGCUGGCCAACAGCAAAGUCUUACGCCGACAGCCUCAUCUGCCUCAUCCGUACCAUCAGCCGCCACCGGUGGGUCAUCCGAAAUAUUGACCGGUUGCGAAGGUGGGAUAGUGUAAACGCGGCAGGGCCUGAUUCUCACUCAAAACACAUCACGCGCAAAACACACACAUACAACACAAACAUCCCAAUGCUGCGACUGGGGUCCAAUAUGCCCUAGAAAGAAAAAGGAUUGUGCAUGGUGUGGACAGCAUGCAGGUCCUUUCUGGCACGUGCUGCGCAUUAGCGUGUCACCUACCUGCACAGCUUAACAAGCGAAUGUUGAUUUGUUUAUUUAUGCUGCGCUUACCUAGCGAACCAUUCGAUGCCUCUUCACGUUGAUGAAACAUUUAGUGUUACAUCCUUUUGGAAAUCCUUCUUUUUUACCGAUGA